AUGAAACUGGCUAUAUGGUAUGAGCAAUUUGCUCAAAUCGCACCACCGCCAACCGAAACUAUCUCCUCGACUGGGGAUGAACUAUAUCCGAUCAUCCUCACAUAUACAGAUGUGAGCUAUGCAACUAUCUACUGCGGUUACUAUUCCUACAUGGUAAUCAUCCAUGAACUUUUGAAAACUUGUGAUUACCCUGGUGAGCAUUCAGCCAUGGUUGUCUAUUUUAGAGACCAAAUUUGUAAGUCGGUCGAAUACAACAGUGUGGGAGUAAUGGGUCCAUAUCGAAUGGGGUUUCCUCUCCGCGUGGCAUUUGAAAUUGCAGAUCCAGUGACAAGAUCUUGGAUCUUGAACCGUCUUCAGCAAUUUUCAAACAUAUACGCAGCCGCUCAGCCAGAGAACUAUCAUACUGUCUUGUGA